UCUUAUUGACUAUCAGGGGAGUUUUCUUUCUUUCUUUUUUUGAAAGAAAUGGAUGGAAGCGGCUGUUUUGAGGAAAACAUCUCUUUUGAUCAUCUUUGAUCGUCCUGUGACAAGUUUCCUCCCGUUGAAGGAUAUUACUCCUUUAUUUGACUCAUAACUAUGGUUACCCAGAGCGGAGCUCAGUAAGAGGAUUGCUUUGCUCUGACGGCUGCAUAAAUCUAGCACCUGAACUCCGAGCUGCUUUUUGAAGGCGCUGCUCCUGCAACUCUGCGUCUCUGUGUAAUUUCUCCUCUUUGUGUUCGGCUUUCUUCAGGCCCCACAUGUCAGACUGGGGUGGCUUUCUUUCCCUGUUAACUCCAUUUUAAGUCAAGACAGACCUAGUAUGCUGCACAGAGGGAAUGCGGGUGGAUACAGCACACCAGUCACUGCCAAACCAACUGAAACUGAAGAUCUUACCCAUCUCAUCAUACUUUUGUUGAUGAGGCACGCUGAUUAGAUUUUUAGUCUGGUUUCCCUCGCGAUGGUGGAGCAUCUCCCGUGUGUUCGCAUCAACCCUGCCCCCCUCAGGCCCCAGCCAAUCAGCUGCAACAUGGAUGAGAGCGCCAUUCGGUUUGAGUUGGAGCGCCAGGCCUGUCAAAGCCUCAGAAAAGUUCUGCAGCUUAAGUUGCAACAGAGACGAACCAGAGACGAACUGGUCAGCCAGGGGAUCAUGCCACCACUUAAAAGUUCAGCUGCCCUCCACGAGCAGAGACGGAGCCUGGAACGAGCACGGACUGAACACUAUCUCAAGAGGAAGAUCAAGAGUCGUCCAGAGAGAUCUGAAUUGAUCAGGAUGCACAUCUUAGAUGACACGGCAGUAGAGCAAUCUCUCCAGACCAAGCAGCUGCAGUUGAAGAGAGCUCGCCUCGCUGAGGAUUUAAACGAUAAGAUCGCCCACCGGCCAGGGCCCAUGGAGCUGAUCCACAAAAACAUCAUACCUGUUCACUCCAGCAUUAAACAGGUCAUCAUAGAGACACAGUUUCCAAAGGCAUCAGGGGAGAACUCAUCAUGCGAUGAGCACAGUAAUGACAGUCUGUCUCCAGGGCAACCGGUAAACCAGGAUUGUCCUCUGGGCUCAGAACCCGUGUGCUCUCCAACAGGGAAACUGGCGCAGAGCAUCAUCCCAUCUCCAACUCAGGUUCCUUCAUCAACUCUUACUUUUACACCGAUCUCUGGAGCCGCCGGUUCUCUGAAGCUGUCCAACGGGACGGUAGCACCAUCCGUCCAGAGUAUGGGUGCAAACCCUCUCAUCAAACCAAAACCAAAUCCUGAUCGCCUUUCCCAGAGACACAAGAAAAGCAGGGACAACAAACCAAAGAUAAAGAAGUUAAAGUACCAUCAGUACAUUCCUCCUGACCAGAAGGGAGAUGCAGGGCCUCCUCCCCAUCUGGACUCAUCCUACACCAAGAUCCUCCAGCAGCAGCAGCUGUACCUGCAGCUCCAGAUCCUGGGCCAGCAGCAGCAGCAGCAGCAGCAGCAGCAGCAGCAGCAGCAGCAGCAGCAGCAGCAGCAGCAGCAGCAGCAGCAGCAGCAGCAGCAGCAGCAGCAGCAGCAGCAGCAGCAGCAGCAGCAGCAGCAGCAGCAGCAGCAGCAGAAGCAGCAGCAGCAGAGCUACAGGUACCCAACCAUCCUGCCUGCACCACCCAAAGAUCAGAAGACGUCCUCCUUUUCCUCCCCCAAUACCGCCUCCUCACCCAGCUCCCCUGUAGCUGCUCCUCCAACGGUCCUGUCUAACCAGUGCAGCCACCUCUGCCUGAGCUCUGCUCCUGUAGGUGGGACCAACGCAGUGCCGCUGCAUCCAAAUCUGGAUGGAAUGAAGGUCGCAGAGCUUAAGUGUGAGCUGAAGCUUCGCAGCUUGCCCGUCUCUGGCACCAAAAACGACCUCAUUGAGAGGCUGAGGACCUACCAGGAACUGAGCCAAGGCGCCAGCACUACCUCCCCUCCGACAGCAGGAGGUCUCACAGGGCCGGGGCCCGAGGCAGCAAGGAGAUCCCCCAAAGCUGCCUUAACCACCACCACUAACACGAGCACAACACGCCAACAGCAGUUUCAGACAUCUUCGCUUAACGCAGAUGCUGGCAGAUGUUUCAGUCCAACUGCAGCAACUCCUCAGCAGCUCAUGAUAGGUGGCAGCAACCUCAACCCUCUCACCCCUCAGUCCAACUCACCGUCUGCUUUGAGCCCGAAAGAUGCCAGCUUUCAUGGCAACCCGUCAGAAGAACUGAUGAGCUCUCCUCUCGCCGAGCUCAGCCUCCAGCCAUCUUCAGCAGCUCACCUCCCGGCUAACAUUAAAGAGGAGCGCACAUGCUUCACUGCGGCACCUUGUCAGUUAUCCUUAAAGUCUGCCUCUAUCCAGAAAGCCCGCAGGACUUCUUCGGCUGUGGCCACCGCCACACCUGCAGCUCCUCCUCUGACUGUGGACAAGGACAGAAUGCUGUGGGAGAAAGAUAAGCAGAUUGCAGAGCUUACCAGGAUGCUGAGGCAGAAGCAGCAGCUGGUUGAGGCCCUGAAGAUGCAGCUGGAGAACGGGAACAGAGAAGAUCCAGAGCAGCUGGUUCUUCUCAGAGUGAAAGAAGAACCUCCUGAUAAUUCUGGUGCUGCUUUGUCGAGUAUCCAUACAUCACUUCCCCCUCAGUUAUUGUCUUUUCCAUGUGGGGCAGAUGUUUCCAAGGUAACCGUCAAACAGGAAGCUGUUGAGGCCGACAUAACUGGAACUGAAGCAUCAGUGCAGAUUGCAGAUGCGGGCGGUCUCGGACCGCAGCCGUCUUCGGUUCAGACCCAGAAGGUGCCGGACAAAACGCAUUUGCAGCCCAAGCCGGACCAGAAAAGACGAAAAAGCGUUUCUCCCCAGCAGUCGGCUCUGCAGAGGGCUCAGCAGCAGGCCUUGCAGAAAGUCCUGCAGAAGCAGCAAAUGUUUCAGAGCCACAUUCAGGUAGCAGACGCUCAGCAGGAACUCUGUCAGGUGAAACAGAAGAAGACUCAAAAGCUGCAGCCCAAACAACAACAGCGUCAGCAGCCUGAACGUCCACUGCAAGUGAAGCAAACAAUUGUGCCAAAGCCACAGAAUCAGCAGCCCGAGCAGCGGCAGCUACAGUCCAACCAACGGCAACAAAUCCAAAUACACUUGAAGCAGAACCAGGCACCUCAAACAAACCUUAGCAAGCAGUCUGGUUCUGCUCCCUCCUUCACGCUGGAUCAUCUAAAGAGCGAGUCCAUCCCAACUCUAGUCAGCGACACCAACGGCAACCACUUUCUAAUUUCACUGACCAAUCAGGAUAAUGGGGGCCAAAGAACUGACACCUCAGAGGGAAAUGCGGCAAGUCACAUUACAUUACAGCGGGUCCAGUCUGUGCCAGCCAAACUCCCGGGUCAACGCUCUGUUCAGGUUUCCAGGGCAGACAGUGGGACCAAACAGCAGAUGAAUGUGGGAUUUUUGAAACAGCUAAAACCAAAGACACAGAAUGGAGCACUUCAGGUAUCUGUGGAGCCACCGCAGCAGGAACUACCUGGUUGUCUGUCGGCCCCACCCGGUCUGCAGCUGUUCUUCAAGGACCAGGGGUCAGCUUACUGGAUGAAAAACAUCUCACCUUAUUCUCAAACUAUUACCCAUGGUCUCGCUGCCUUGUUGAGUCCUCUGUCUCCAGUUUCUGAGAAGACAACAGCUUCACCGCCUGACAAAGAUAAAGAGAAUGAAGAGGAUUUCAUUGAUAACAUCUUGCAGGAUAAAGGAAUGUCCAACACCUUCACACCUGCUUCAGAACCCUCUCAGGACCAACUCCAACCAGACAACUCAGUUUCUUCUCUUCCUUCCUCUCCGCUCCAUCUGUUGCUGUCUCCCCCCAUCCCUCCUAGUUGCAACACCCCAGAACCUGUCCCCUCCCCGCAGUCUGAGCUGCGAGCUUGUGCUGACACCACAAAAGAGAAACCACCGCAUCUCAGUCACUCUUUAAAUGGACGCCUGGAGGACUUUUUGGAAAGCACCACUGGAAAGCCUCUUCUGGGGGUGGAGCCUGGUGGCCUGUUAACGUUGAUCGAUGACCUCCACAGUCAAUUGCUGUGCACUCCCAGCAUCCUGGACGACCCUAUGUUUCCCAUGGAUACCUUUGAAAUGGCAGGAGAGGGGCAGCAAAUGUUAGACAUUGCAGACUGGUUGGACCUCACCAUGGAGAGAGACAAGGAUGAAGAAACUCCCACACUGGGUCCACUUGGCUCCCAAACCCCUCUUAGUGUUUUCUCUACAGACUUCCUGGAUAGUUCUGACCUCCACAUACACUGGGACUCUUGCCUAUAGCAAGCAGCACUCAGAAAAGUGCAAUCCAGACGAAGAUGAGUGCAUUAACACAGCUACAGCAGUGAUCAGCGACCACUUCGUCCAUCCAUCCAUUAUCCAUACCUGCUUCUUCCUAUUCAGGGUCGUGAAUGUCUCUUGGAGCCUCUCUUCGGGAGCUUUCAAGUCAACUCAGUUUACUUUUAUACAUCAAGAAGAUGGUCUCCAGCAGUGAACUGCUAACUGAACAUCUUAGGUAACAGAAACUCAUUGAGGAGGAAGAAAAAAUUAAGGAACUAUCAUAAAAGGACUAAUACAUGCCACGUUGUACCAGCAGAUUGAAGGAGUCACUCCAUUGAGAAGUCAUAUCAGUGGAAAAAAAAGGCUGGUCUGAGGCAAAGCAUUAAAUUUGUGGUCUAAGACACCAGACGCCGCGUGUAGAAUGUGGCUCUGAGACGAUUCAGCAUGUAACAGCUGGGUGUAAAAUACAGGCAGGUAAAACCUACAUGGAACCCCAAAGGGGCUCAAUUACCCCUUUUCCACCAAACCGGUUCCAGGGCUGGUUCUGGGCCAGUGCUGAGAAACUGAGCUGAGAAAUGGUUCGCUUUUUCAUUGCUCGUGUGCUAAGGGGAGCCAC